AUGGAGUGGAUCUGCAAUUCUCCUGCAGGAUAUCUGGAACAGGGAAUCUUAGUGACGGACCGCUGGCAGAUUGCUGCGAGGUAUGCUCGGAGCCAUGGCUUCAAGUUGGACGUGCUCUCCUUGCUGCCUACAGAGCUCCUGUACCUUCAGUUCGGUGUUCACUGUCCUGCUGUCCGACUCAAUCGGCUGCUCCCGGUCCGCUGUCUCCUGGAGUUCCUGCAGCGUCUGGAGACCCGAGUGUUCUACCCCAACACCUACCGGGUGCUCCGUACCUCCGCCAUCCUGGUGGCCAGCAUUCACUGGAAUGCCUGUGCCUAUUUUGCCUUAUCUAGACACAUUGGCUUUGGGCAAGACCCUUGGGUAUACCCCAAUAUUUCAGAUCCCGACAAUGCCCGCUUGAGGCACCAGUACCUUUACAGUUUCUACUUCUCCACCUUGAUCCUGAGCACCAUAGGGAACAUCCCGAAGCCUGUACGGGAGGAAGAGUUCCUCUUUGUGAUGGUGGAUUUCCUCAUCGCUGUGCUGGUCUUUGCGAGCAUCGUGGGAAACAUGGAGUCAAUCAUCUCCAAUCUGGACAAGGCAGCUCGCAGUGUCUUCCCCGAUCACCAGCUGAUCAGGGAUUACCUCCGAUCCCAGCGGGUCAACCCGGAGCUGCAGCAGCGAGUGACCGAAUGGUCCCAGCACCUGCAUCUCUACAAGAAGGUAACCAAUGAGAGGCAGAUCCUGCAGCUGCUCCCGGACAAGCUGCAGGCUGAGGUCACGGCUUGUGUCCACCUCCAGACCCUCAGGAAGGUCCAGCUUUUCCAAUCCUGUGAUCAGCGUGUGCUGCACCAGCUGGUGAUAAGACUGCAGCCUCAGGUCUUCAGCCCCGGAGACUAUGUGUGCCGUAAGGGUGACAUAGGUAGGGCCAUGUACAUCGUGCAAGAUGGGCGGCUCGCAGUGGUCACUGACGAUGGACUGACACAACUCGCUGUCCUCGAGGCUGGGAACUAUUUUGGAGAAAUCAGCAUCCUCAACAUUGCAGGGAGUAAAUCUGGAAACCGGAGAACUGCGAACAUUCAGAGUGUUGGAUAUUCGGAUCUCUUCGCCCUGGGGAAGGAUGAUCUGACUGAGGUGCUGCUGGAUUUCCCCGAGGCUAAGGAGAUGCUGGAGGUGAAAGGUCGGGAGAUGCUGCUCAGGAUGGGACUGCUGGAUGAAGCUAUCGCACCAAGUGAAGUGGAGAAUGGGAGAGUGGUGACGAAGGUGGGGCCGAUGGAAAAUUCUCUCGACUUGUUACAAACCAGAAUGGCUCGCCUAAUGGCAGAACUUGAGUCCAGUUUCCAAAAGGUCAGCUUUCGACUUGACUGCCUUGAAAGUUUGCUGGAGGUUGAUGAGGGUGUGGAGAGUGAAGGGAAUGUCAGGAUCCCAGGUUCGUCCAGAAUCAAACUGAAUAAUCCAGGAUUAUUCCAGGAUGUAGGGCCAGACAAGUCUCAACCAGAUUCACCCCACGCAGCUCAAGGACUGAGCUGAAGUCGGCGGAUGCUGAAUUCUGAAACAAAACAGAAACUGCUGGAGAAACACAGAAAAAGAGUAACAAUUCAAAUCCAGUGACACUUCCAAAACGUAAACUUUGUUUCCCUCUCCACCUGCUGCCAGACCUGCUGAGUUUCUCCAGCAAUUUCUGUUUUUGUUACAAAUCCCUACAGCUAGUUCAAAGAUCAGGCCAAGGCUCCAGCUAAAGUUCAAUCCUGUAUGCAGAGCCGUUUCAUUCCCAGCUCAUUUCCUCGGCCUAGGCCCAGGCCCAGACCCAUUCCCAUUUCUUCCCAAGUGCUCAGCUCCAACAUCCAGGACGAAGGGCCAAGACCCAGCUCAGCCCCAAACCCAGGCAUAGGCCCAAGGCAGACCAUUUGGCCCACCAAGCCUGUACUGUUUUCAAUACAAUUGUAGCCAGUCCUCUCUCUCAAUACUAUGUUUGGUUAGAAAAGAAAAUGCUUGAGAACUAAACACAACUAAUUAGGUUGGUCACACAUAGAUAUUGAAAACAUUGAAAGAUAAAUAUUUAUGUGCGAAUUAACUGUUACUAUAGCCAGAAGGAAAUGUCAGAUCUUAACUUUGAGUCUGGAAGGCAGCCUCAGAGAGGACAUGGAGAUGAGACACAUUAUCAAUUAAAUAUGAACAAUAAUAAUGUGUAAACAAUAGUUUAAUCACUGAAAUAGAGCCUUGAUGUCACACCAAGAUAUGAAAGUAAUGUUAAUUGUGGAAGGACUAAUCGAACUGUCUGAGUGUUAAGAGAUAGUAAAAAUACUGAUCCCAUGAAUGUGGCAUUUGACACAAGGAGAAGACAACACUCAUAAAGACAGAGAAUUGAAACACCUUUACUGAUAAAACCUUGAACAAAGGAUUAAUUUCAGAAUGAAAGAAUAAGGGAGUGGUGAAGGGAAUUUUCAUGUAAAGAGC